UAAAGCAGUAUUUCACAUAUAUUUUUUUUUACCAUUUUAUUAUUAUUAUUAUUACUUUUUAUCCUUUAUACAUGUAAAAUGACUCGACGAAUCAAUAUAUCUGAUUCUUGGAAUGAUAGUUUCGAAAAAAUAAACUUGGAGGACUCACCACUGGAUCUUCAUAAACAGUAUAAACCAAAUCAACAAGAUCAUGUAAUUCACAAAAAUAAUGAUAUACGUUGCAGUUAUGAUUCACCAGUAACAUUACAAUAUCGAGACUCUAUUGGAUCCAGUUCUUCUUCUUCGCUUUCGAGAAAUUCUACUUUUUCAUCCGUAGACACUCAUUAUUUUAGUACUAGGGGUAGUAUUGUAUUACAAAGCACUAAUUCCAUAAAAUCAGCUGUGGAAGCACCUUCACAAGUGCUACAAUUAAGAUCAGAACCGUCAACUACCAAAGCAGCUACAAUUGAUCAAGUAAAUAAUAUACCCCAAGCAUCUUUCCCUCAACGAACUAUCCCCUUUCCCAAAACUUUUCAACAUCAAAAAGAAUUUAAUUAUAAUCAUAAUAUAGCUAGUACUGAUAUUAUCCAGCCUAAUGGGUGUUUUGUGCCUAUAAAACCUUUAUCAUUCAUACAAAAGAUCGAUACUAUCAAAUAUCAUUAUGUAAUACCUACGUUUGCUAUCGCAGGCGAAAGUCAAGCAGAAGUAUUAAAAUUAAUUUUUAAUUAUAAAGAUAAUCAACCUUUUACGCCAAAAGAGGAAUUUGAACGAACAAUCGAAUGGAAUAUUGAUUGUAGUUCAUCUCUCGUUACGUUAUCUCAAUAUACAUGCUUAGGCCAAGAUAAUCCUGUAUCAAAAAAUUAUCUAACAGGACUUGGUCAAAGAUUGGGCAUUACCACAAUUCUAGUUAUUAUCUCUAUUGAAACCAUUGGGACAAUAUAUCCGUUGCUCAACAAUUUAGUAAAAGCUAUGGAAAUUGAUAUGACAGAACCCGAAAAAUCUCUCGAGCAAGAUCAAUACUCAUGGUGGGAACGAGUUGUGGUUAUAGUCAACCAACAACAUGACAUUUAUGAUCAAACAGCUUAUAGUCAUCGAAAAUCUUUUCUAAUGAAUGAAAUGCCUCGUAUUCAGGAAAGGUUUCGCUUAUCACAGCCUCUCUCGACUUUAUUUUUAAGUACAUUUGCUUACAAACAAAUAGAAGAAACAGAUAUUGGUAAUAAUUAUCAAUUGCAUUGCCAAAGGAUUUUAUGGCAAAUGUUGGAAAGACAUAUGCUGGGUGGACGAUGGUGUAGUGAAUUAAUAUCACUUCAAAACAGAAAUAUGCUUACUUCUGUAAACACCUUGAAGAAAGAUAAUGAUGAUGACGAUGACGAUGAUGACAGUAGCUCAAGUAGUGAUGAUGCCUUUAUCUUUCAAACUGUCAUAGAUUAUGUUGAUGGUAAAAUCAAGAAACCUGAAAAAAGGAAAAAGUUAAUAAAGAAACAUCCUAUUUCAAGAUUACAAAGAAGACAAACACGGCGUCAAAUUCAAAAACUUCAUUGUCAUGACGGUGAUGAUGGAACAAAACUUCCGAGCAUUAACAAAAUAUAAAUAGACUUACUGAUUUGCGUACUCAUAUACCUCUAUAGUGUGCGUAAAUAUUUAUUUUUAUAUAUACCAUAUUCUUUUUAUUUUUUUGCCACAGAUAUUAUCUUUUAUAAUAACAAAUUAUUACAUAAACUCUUUUUAUUAUU